GUUUACUACUUUACUUGUGUGUGCACUCUCUUUUCUCCUCUGAGCAGUAAAUGGCAUGUUUGAUAGCAAGAAAACAGAAAUAGAGUUCCCAAAAUCAAUAAACGUUUUCUAGUAAAAAAGCUCAAAGCAGGGUGCUAAAAGUAGCUCAGAAUCAUAAAUGGAUUCUCUCUCUUCCCACUUUUGCUUCACUUUUCCUUUUCUCUUUACCUUCUUCUAGCUUCUGCAAUUUCUGACCUAGCUUUUCAAUUUGGGGCUAUUUAUGAUACUCAAUUCAAUGCUCUCUCUUUCUUUGAUUCAUUGACUACAUGCUUUCCCUUCACCACUCCUUUGAACACACCCUUUUUUACCCUCUUCUGCAAACUCGUGUGUGUAUGUGUAACCCUUUAUAGUACAUCUUUUGGGAACUUGAAAUUUUUCUCAAAAAUUGAGAAAAGUUACAAUUUUUAGUGUUUUUGCAACUUUUUAGGAGUUGGGUAUUGUCUCAUUUGUUCAGUUUGGUUUUAGAUUUUGAUUUGGGCUUUGUUCAUUUACUUCAAUGUUAAAUUCUCUAACACAUUUUUUUAUAAUGUUUAAUUUUUCUAUAUAAUCUACUAUUUGGUCACUGUAUAAGGUUACUUUAUUGUCUAGUUUAAUCUGAAGUUAACUAUUUUGAGUUUACUUCAAAGAAGUUAUAGGAGAGGGUUUGAUAGUGGUGGUUUUGGUAUAUACAUUUUGAGGAAAUGAGUGAAAGUGAAAAUUUUGAGGUAGAUAGAAAAGAGGGUACUUUAGAUUGGAGGUUUGUUAGUGGCAACCUUGCAAAUUCAUCUGUAGGUUUGGUUUCCAUGGAAAAUUCUAUGAUGGGUACUUCUUCAUGUCCUAAUUCAAUGGUGGAUUCAUAUGGUCCUAACUUCUUGGACCUUCUUACUAACUCUGAAAACUUGGGUGGUUUUUGUGAUGUUAAUGGUCAGAGUAAUGAGGUGAGAAAAGAUGGGUUUGGUUUUGCAAGAGUUGGUUGUGAUGAUAGAACAGUUGGAAUGGGUUGGGACCUUGGUAGUAGUUCUAUGAUAAAGAGGGAUGGUGUUUUACCAAAUGGGGCUGAGAUAUUUCCUCAAAGUUUGUCUCAGUUUUCAACUGAUUCUGGAUUUGUUGAUGCUGCAAGGAUGUCUUGUUUUAGUGCCGGGAGUUUCGUAGAUAUGAUGAACUCAUGUGGGAUUCCUCAAUCUAUGGCUCUACCUCUACACGUGUCUCGGUCUGUUGAGCAUCUUGGUAGUGAUGGAAGUCCAAUCCAGAAUGAUCGAAGAAGUGACUGUCCUGUGAUGUCUCAAGAUGAAGGGAAACAAGUUCUUGGUAGGUCUUGUAAUGAAGCUGAUGGAGAUGAAUCAAGUGGUGAUGAUGGUUCCCAAAUGUUGGAUUGUGCAAGUGGAGAACCUUCUAUUAAAGGUCUAAAUCCAAAGAAAAGGAAAAGAAAUGGACAGGACGGUGAUAGUGAUAAAGCCACCGGAACUCUUGAGUUACCAAGUGAAACCGCAAAGGACAACUGUGAGAGCAGAAAAAAGGGAAAGCAGCAAACAAGUUCAACAGCCAAGGCUUCUGGGAAGAAUGCCAAACAGGGGUCUCAAGCUUCUGAUCCGCCUAAUGAGGGAUACGUACAUGUUAGGGCUCGCCGUGGUCAAGCAACAAAUAGCCAUAGCCUUGCAGAGAGAGUGAGGAGAGAAAAGAUCAGUGAAAGAAUGAAGUUUCUUCAAGAUCUUGUACCUGGAUGCAACAAGGUCACUGGCAAGGCAGUGAUGCUAGAUGAAAUCAUUAAUUAUGUACAGUCUCUUCAGCAACAAGUUGAGUUUUUAUCAAUGAAACUUGCAACAGUAAAUCCACAUGUGGAUUUUAAUAUGGAACGGCUGCUUCCUAAAGAUAUUCUUCAACAUCAACCGGGUCCAUCAUCUGCUCUGGGGUUUCUCAGAGAAAUGCCAAUGGCUUUUCCUCCAUUAUCACAUUCAUAUCAACCAGGACUGAUUCAUUCAACUCUACCUAACAUGGCAAAUUUAUCAGAUAUGCUUAGGCAGACUGUUCAACCACAGUUGGAACCUUUGGCUGGAGGGUUUAAAGAGCCAAAUCAGGUUAAUCCAUUGCAAGCAACCAAGGACUGAAAUUUCCUCAACACCAAUCCUUUUUUAAUUUCAGUUUUACACUUAAAAUUUAGUUUCUACAGCAUGCUAAAUAGUAAAUAGGAAUGAUGGUUGGAGUCGAUGAACAAUGAUUUUGCUUUAGUGUGCUUUAUUUUGCAGUUAUUGCAAUAUUCGAAAGUUUAUUUCUUUCUACUAGGUUUACUUUGAUUGUUUUAUAAAUUUAUGUACAAAUUUGAUACAAUUUGCAAUAUAGCUGCAUGAAGUGUGCGAGGCUGAACUUCUUAACACGCCACAAACAACCUUCACAGCAACUUCUCCCGAGCAGCCACAACUUGGAUGGUAAGCUGUCGCAAGCAAACAAGGCGCAUAUUCAAUACAGCAAAAUUUUGCCAGAGAGAGGUAGUGGACUGCCCUGUUCCAUGCUGAUGCAGGUAUCGUGCCAGCAGGUCAGAUGAAAGUUAAGCCUUGAUCCUCUUUCUUCAUCAUACGGCGCAUAUUCAAUGCAGCACAGUGCCUCUUUGGUAUUUUCUGGAUUCAAAUGCACAAAUACCCUAGUAUCAUAUAUAUAACCGGUGUAAUACCUUUUAUGGAUGAAAUACUUGGUAAUUCUCAAGUGUCAAGGCUGUGAAGGGGAUUAACUCUAGGUUAAAGGAAGUAAUCAAUGGUUUUGUUUCUUAUUACUAGUCUAAUUUUAAUGCCUUGUUUGUUCAGUGUUAAAUUUGCUCUUUAAUGUUUUAACUUGACUAAAAUAAUGUAUCUUCACUUUUUUUUUU